UACAACAAUGAAGUUAGCUUAUACAACAGUUAUUAAACUACAUGCAGUCCUUGGUUUAUCUAACAAACUGCCGUAAAAUCAAACAAUGUAUAUGUGUAUAUGUCCAGACAAGCCCCCCCCCCCCAAUCUUCGCCUGGCCGCCAUCUUCAAUUUUAAAUGUUUGUUUUCUCUGACGUUUAAACUAAUGGUAUUUCUAUUUGUUCAGAUCUCGGAUUGCAGGAUGAAUCACGUAAUAGUACAAACGCUUGAAUAACAAAAAGAUUAAACCACGCUAGCCUCCCCUCAUCCUCACUCUGCAGAUCUUCAAGCACAGAUUAGAGUAUAUGCGCCUGACUCUGGCGUAAUGAAGUAGAUGGGGGAAUCAAAGAACAUGGUGUUGAAUGGCAGGCGGCAUGGCAGCAGAUUCUCCAGUGAUCUAUCCAUAACCUCGGCCAGGUCGCUGCGACAGAGCAAGGGCUCCUUUAGAAGCAGGAGAUGUAGUCGACGUGUCAGCAGUUCUGCCCUAGAGGCAGAGAGACGUCAUACCCCAUCAUCUGGUAUGACUGCAAAAGAGCUCUGUGAGAAUGAUGACUUGACUACAAGCCUUAUUCUGGACCCCUACCUCGGCUUCCAGACCCAUAAGAUGAAUCGGAGGUUUCGACCUGUCAAGGACCGACAUAGACAGUUGAAGGAGGUGCUAGAGUGCUUUAAAAAACAUGACAACCUUGAGAAGGCCUUCCUUGCCUUGACUGCAGGGGACUGGUCAAGACACCACUUUCCGCACAAGACGAAGGCACAGGGCAAACUCUUCAAAGAGCAUGUUUUUGUCUACCUACGAAUGUUUGCAACGAACAGUGGGUUUGAAAUACUUCCUUGCAAUCGUUAUUCCUCUGAGCAGAAUGGAGCCAAAAUUGUAGCAACAAAAGACUGGAAAACCAACGAUAAGAUAGAAUACCUGGUGGGCUGCAUCGCUGAGCUAUCGCAGAAUGAGGAAAGUGUGUUACUGCGACAUGGAGAAAAUGACUUCAGUGUGAUGUACUCCACCCGCAAGAACUGUGCUCAACUGUGGCUGGGACCUGCAGCCUUCAUCAACCAUGAUUGCAGGCCAAAUUGCAAGUUUGUUUCCACUGGGCGAGAUACAGCUUGUGUCAAGGUUCUUGGGGAUAUUGAACCCGGAGAAGAGAUCUCCUGUUAUUAUGGAGAUGGCUUCUUUGGGGAAAAUAAUGAACUAUGUGAAUGUUACACAUGUGAAAGACGAGGUGCUGGUGCUUUCAAAUCGAAGACUGGACAGCCUACACCCACUCCAAUUAUCAACAGCAUGUAUGGCCUGAGAGAGACAGACAAACGUCUCAAUCGGCUGAAGAAACUAGAAGACAGCAAAUGCUCUGGCAGUCAGUUGGAAGGCUCUAAUAUUGAUCCAGACUCUCAGGAAAAUCAUGACACACAUCCAUCAGUAGGGAGGACAGCCCGCUCUAGUGUGACAAGGCUCAGUGACUCACAAGCUCUAAGCAGGCAAACUCUGUCCAAAAUGCCUAUCCCUACCUCAUCGUUCAAUCAAAGACACUCAAAGAACUCCAACGUGCCAAAGAGGCUAAAAUCAAAGUCCAUAAAGCCUUUGCUCAAGUUAGGAAGAAGGUGUCAGGUAACUGCCCACAAGUGCCCCAUUGAGGUGGAAGCUAUGGGUUUGUGCCUUAAAGACCCCACAGAAUUUGUCAAUAACAGGGUCUCACAAAAGAGAGAGAUGGAUAAGAAAGGGCCCGUGCAAGUGGUGGGAACAAGGGGAGAUCUUGAGCACUAUACUGCGAAGGAAAACCAUCAGAAAUCAGUGAAAGAUGUUAAUAGGUGCCCUGAUGGUUUAGCAUGCACUCACAGAACUCGCAGUUCAACCAGAGCAUCAGUUGGCACACAGGAGUCUGACAACAUUACACUUGAACCAAACUUGCCACCCAUCCACUGCGGUGUGGUUAGUAAGACCAAGCCUAUGGACCUUGGAGAUUGUGUCACAGACAGUCACUGGAUGAACAGCUCAAGCCUGGAUAUCAGCUGUCCAAAGACUGAGAACUGUCACAGAUAUAAGCAAAUGAUAAAGCAGGAAGGGCACUCUUUCCGACCAGCAUCCCUUCUCAAGGAGGAGGUUUCAGACCUGCACCAUACAGCCUGCACCACAGACAUAGCUGAUGGCAGGAAAGAGCUGCAAGGCCUGCCUGAUGGUCAUGAGCCCUACAACCUGUCUAAGGGAGACAAGCUUCUCCACCUUGGCAAGGGGAAGAAGAAACAGCAGAUUACGCGCUAUGAUUCCCAGCUGAUCCUAGCCAACAACAACUCAGGUGUCCCCAAGUUGACCCUGAGGAGACGAAGGGACAGCAGCAGCAGCAGGAUUGAGCCUGGUGAUGCAGACCCUGUCAAGUCCUCCAGCGCCACAAAGACCAGCAUGAAAUUUGUUAAGGACCAUCAUGCAAAGACCAAGAGGAGUUCUUAUGCAGCCAGACUGAGUAAUGGGACUUUCAGUCCUGUGGACCACAUCCGCUCCUCCAAACAUGGCCUCAGUCCUGUGGACCACAUCCGCUCCUCCAAACAUGACCUCAGUCCUGUGGACCACAUCCACUCCUCCAAACAUGGCCUCAGUCCUGUGGACCACAUCCGCUCCUCCAAACAUGUCCUCAGUCCUGUGGACCACAUCCGCUCCUCCAAACAUGGCGUCAGUUCUGUGGAUCACAUCCGCUCCUCCAAACAUGGCCUCAGUCCUGUGGACCACAUCCGCUCCUCCAAACAUGGCCUCAGUCCUGUGGACCACAUCCGCUCUUCCAAACAUGGCCUCAGUCCUGUGGACCACAUCUGCUCCUCCAAACUGCAUAUUCAGCUGCAGCGUGAGCAGGACUGCAGGAGGCUCAGCCAGUAUCACCAUGGUACUGGGCCCUUCACGGGUAUAGUAGAGAGGGAAGCAGGGGAGGUCUUUGGGCCGACUGUAGCAACAUUUGGGAUGCAUGAUGACACAGAGGAAGACUCGUCCUCCUCUGAAGAAGAGGAUGAAGACGACGUCUCUGACUCUGACCAUGAAGAGUUUGACGAUUUCAUUCCACUUCCACCAACAAAACGCCUCCGCCUCAUUGUUGGUAAAGAUUCUAUAGAUAUUGAUAUUGCAUCAAGGAGACUUGAAAAUCAGUCACGCACAGUCAAUGCAUGAGCUUUAUGGAUCUUUAUUUGACUAGUUGAUUUAAGUCAACAAAACAAAAAAAUCCCAUGCUGUUGUAAAAUGUUAACUAUUUUUGUACAUGAUGGAACUUGAUUUGUUAUUCAUAUAGUAGAAUGUGUAUAUUUUACAUAGCAUAUGUGUAAGCCUUUAUUUUUAUAUCUUCAGCUUUAUUUUGUACAAUUGUUAAUUAUAUUUAAAGCCUUUUCUUGUUUGUGGGGUAAACAUGCUAAAUUUUGCUUCACUGACAUUCACAAGAAUGGAACCUUUUGGGAACACACUUGAUGUGCUUUUGUCCGCAUGGCAGUGUAUACAUGCAUAUAAAAUAAUGUGUUUUAUAUAUUGUUUUGAGAGUUUGAAAGGAACAGAAUUGUUUCUUGCUGGAAGUCUGUGAAAAUGUGUUUGACUUCCAGUGAUUCCUGGGAGCUGGUCUGUGACAUUUUUGCCCCAUUUUUAAUAAUUCCUUCAUUAAUCAAAA